CCCGGCGGAAAGUCAAAGCAUAUAAAACUGAGAGCAAACACUACAGCUUAGAACUUGUUGAGAACUGGCUCAAUUUUCAAUUUGGAGCACCGGAUUGCUGUAACUUUUUCUUCAAUUUACGACUUCAUUGACAACGCAGAAAUGGAACCAACUUUAUUUCAGUCUAUUUUAGGCUUUGUCCUGCUUGUACAAGCAUUCGGAAAACAAAUAGAAGAUAACAGGGAGAUUUGUCUGUUGCCCCCGGACGAGGGACCCUGCCGCGCUCGCCUACCUCGCUACUACUAUAAUAGACAUACUGAAAAAUGUGAAGAAUUCAACUAUGGAGGCUGUGAGGGAAACGCCAACAACUUUGCAAACUUAGAACAUUGCGAAAAAACUUGCUGGAAGAGUAGAAAGAUCGGAAAAAUCUGUAGGUUGGAGCCUGAAGAGGGACCGUGCCGUGCAAUGUUUAAAAGAUACUUCUACAAUUUCACGGCAAUGGAAUGUCAAGUAUUCAUUUACGGGGGCUGCCUUGGAAAUGAAAACAGAUUUGUUGACAGAAAUGUCUGUCGCAACUAUUGUGAGCCGCAGAAAAAGACACCCUCUGUCUGCAAUGGUCCAGUGGAUCAGGGAACCUGUUCUUCUUCUAUACGCCGAUAUUACUACAAUCCAAUCAUCAAAUCAUGUGUGGAAUUUUUAUAUACAGGAUGUGGAGGGAAUGCCAAUAAUUUUGCUACCAAGCAGUCUUGCAAAUCCAUCUGCAUGAAAGUGUGAAGAGAUAAUAUACCUGGUAUUCUGUAAAA